UCAUUUGUGUUCUGUAGUAAUGGAUGCAGAGUUGGAAAGGUUACAACAAGCAUUGAAGAUUCUUUCUGAUGCUGAAAAGCAGAUAAGGGUUUCAAGUGAGCGUCCCACAUGGUUUACAGCGGCUCUACUACAACUUGGAUGUGGUCAUAGCUCAGAUAUGAACCAACCAAAAAGCAGUACAAGAGAACACACUAAAGCAGCCACUGAUGCUAUGUCUGAAGCAGCAAGAGAAUCAUCUUCCAGCAGGACUGUUUCUCAUUCAUUACCUGCCUUUGGGAUUUCAAAGAAAACACUUGAACACAAACCAGUUAGUGUGCACUCGAGUCCUCAGGUCCUUGCCUCACAUUCAUCUAGGUCAAGAUUGAAUGACAACUUGAUUUAUAGAGAGUGUAUGUCUGUUGACAGAGUCCCAUUCGAUUCUAAUCAACUGAACGGCAACAGUUCAAAGCAUUGGGCCGUGGUGAAUGAAAACUCAGACAACCUUGGCCAGAUUUGGAUAAGAUGUAUUGAAAAUUGCCACUCCAAGACACUACAACAGCUACUUCUUGACCACGGGAAGCUAGUAUCAAUCAAGCAAUUUGAAGGCCAUGCAAUUGCAUUUAUAGCAUUUGAGGACUGUGAGAUAAAGUCUCGAGCUCAAAGAUUUUUGAGCAGUAUCACAAAUUCAAUUGAGACAGUACUGGAAUGCAACGUGGAAGUCAAAAUGGGCCCACAAGCUGAAUUGAUUGAUGGAGAACUAACAUCAGAAGCUGGACCUAAAGUAAGAAGAGUCGAAUCUGAUGUAUUGGUUUGCUCACCAAACAGUGACCGAUUAAAGGGUAUUGUGAACUCCUCAAGGAGAAGUUUUGAUCAUCCAGAUGAAGGAAACAAAGAAUCGGAGAAGUACAAAAAUACCCCAUGUGCUGAUGAAAGGAUGCAUUCGAUUUCAGUUACUUUAAAUUCAGGAAUACCUAAGGUCAGAGGAUUGGAAGUUCCGACUCAGGCGUCAAAGGAAUCAAUAAAUGGUGAGCAACGGUUGGAGAGUGCGUGGCUCCAGGUUUCUGAAAAGCACACUCCAGAUCUGGUGAAUGAAGCAAAACACAGACAUCAGGCUCUGUCUCAAGUUGUUGAGAGCCAAUACCAAAGGAAGUCGUCCAUGUCCCUAGGUUUUCCCUCAAGCCUUGCAGAUGAGAAUCUCGCGCAUGAGAUACAAGCUCUGAAGAUAGUUGACAGUUAUGGUUCUCGGAAGCACCAAAGUGGAAGAAGUGAAAAUGGAUUUUCCAUUUCACCAAGCAAGCUGCACAGAAAGGAUGACAUGGCUGAUUGUGACAAAGAGAGCGUUUGCUCUGAGCCUGGGAGACCUGGUUGCCGUGGCCUUUUCCCUUGUUGGAAAGCUAAAAAACCAAAAAGAACGAAGGCAAAGAAGCAGGUUCGGGUAAAAUCUUCUUGAUCUGGCAGAACAGUUUUGCGCGAUGUUUAUUAUGCAGCAAGCCUGGAAACUAAAGGUGCACUUCAAAAUUUCUUGUCUUGCAAAAUGACAGACACACUGUUGUUUUAGAAGAUAAGGACUUUUGAAAUGACCAUAUCCGACAUUCUUCUUCCAGCCUGCUAGUCAUUCAAAUUCUGGUGGCCGCAUAUUUCUGGCCUUUACAGGACGGGAUUUUGGUGCCAUGACUGGCGACUAGUUUAUGACAAUUCAGUGCUGGAGGGCAAUGAGAUAUAUUACUCCAACAUUCAGCUGCAAGUGGUGGAAUCUUUACGUUGUAUUCAUAUGCGGCCCUAUAAAGUUAUUCUGUGCUUCUUGAGUUAAUCGAGAGGGAAAAAAGGAAAGGAAAUGCAUCCUGUACAUACAUCUGGAUUGUAACUUUUUUUAUUACAUUCAGAACAAUAUCUGAUGAGGAACACCUCGAGUGAAAAAACUGAUCAAUAUAGGUUUUUCUUUUCAAAAUU